AUGAAGCGCUACCUGCUGCUAUUCUCGCUGCCCUGCGUGCUCAUCAUUCCGAUGAUAGUCUAUCAGACGAGUGUCUUCCGAAAUUCAACGUCCGAAACCAACGAGUAUUACGGAGGAGCGUUUGUGAAACGAUCGGUAGGACUUACAUUAAUUUUUCAAAUUCAACCCGCUAAUCAAUGUUUUCCAGACCGGUUCCUACGGUAUGUCGUGUCAAUCUUUGCUCCUUCACCUCAAUACCACCGUCCCCAUCCUCAUCAUCGAUCCCGUGAUUCUGGAGCAACUGGAGAAGGGCUCGUGUGUGGCGACCUCAAAGAAACCGGUGAAAGUGAGUGAAGAACAGAAAACACUCAACUUUUCUCUAUGAAAGUUGGAAGAAACGCUCAUGCUUGCACGGAGUCGUUAGCCAUUCUUACGCACUAUCUUUCAGAUCGGUGUAGACGUGAAGCAUCUGUCGGAGAACGCGCUGCUCGAGGAUGCUCGUUUCGAAGUGAUGUAUUUCACGAAUGACGCAUUCAAAGACUACCUCGAUUUCCGAACAGAACCACGACGAAUCAUUCCAAAGUAUUCACCUAACAAUAUUGUUUCUAUUUUACAAAGAUGCCAUCUUCUCAGAAAGUUCUCGACGCACUUCGUGGCCAACGUCGAAGUUCCUGCCAAUAUUUCAAUGUUUUUGGGAUUCUGGAAGCGCUCCAAAUUCGUCGACUGCAUGAACUUAUUCAUUCCGAGAGCCGGAGCCAAAGUACGAAUAUUUGGAGCUAGUUUUUGGAACCGUUCGGCGCGCAAUUCAAAUUUUUUCCAGGUCAACAUAUCGCCUCGUCCAUCGUCGGCCUCACUGGCGCUUCUGCGAGACGAGCUUUUGGAGCACGGAAUGUUUCCGUUCCUGAACGGCGGCACCCUCCUCGGCUGGUUCCGAGAGUGCAGUGUGAUUCCGCACACUUCCGACAUGGACCUCGCUGUUUUCGCCGAGGACUACCGACCCGGAUUCGUGGCGGCCGUCGAGCGGAACGAGUCGGUUUUCAAGCUGAAGCGCAAGUUGGGAAUGAUGAACGACUCGUUCGAGCUGACCGUCGAGCCGAAACGUGGAUACCAUGUGCACAUUGACAUUUUUGUAAUGUACGAGGGAAAAGAGAACGGCACCGAUCAUCGGUGGGUCGGAGGCGUUGGGGGUGAGUCAGUCACGUCAAGUCCGAGUCAACAUUUCCAUUACUUUUUCAGGAGACGGCACAAAGUACAAGUUCAUAUACCCGGCCUACGAUCCGUGGUGCUCGGCAGAUCUUCACGGACACAUCUUCUGGGUCACCUGUAGUCCGAAGGCAAUGCUCGAGGUCAGAUAGUUACAAUAAAGAUUCUCAUGACCCAUUUAAAUGUUCAGAAAGAGUACGGUCAGCUGUGGUAUCGGGAUCAUUUGACGUCAAAGUACGCGUGGAACGCAUCCGGCAAAAAUGUGAAGCUGAACGGAAAAUGGACGAAAGAGCAGAUGAAGCGAGUGUACAAUGUGUAUUGA